CAGGUGUUCCAAUCCCUCCAUAUCAUGUGAUUCAGUUGUUCCAAUCCCCUCCAUAUCAUGUGAUUCAGGUGUUCCAAUCCCCUCCAUAUCAUGUGAUUCAGGUGUUCCAAUCCCCUCCAUAUCAUGUGAUUCAGGUGUUCCAAUCCCCUCCAUAUCAUGUGAUUCAGGUGUUCCAAUCCCCUCCAUAUCAUGUGAUUCAGGUGUUCCAAUCCCCUCCCAAUGGAUUCACAAUCAGGUGGUGUACACAUCAAGCCCCUAGGCAUGCAGACUGCUUCUACAAACAUUGGUGAAAGAAUGGGUCACUCUCAGGAGCUCAGUGACUCCAAGCGUGGUCCCGUGAUAGGUAGCCACCUGGGCAAUAAGUCCAUCCGUGACAUUUCCUGGCUACUAAAUAUUCCACAUUCAACUGUUAGUGGGAUUAUAACAAAGUGGAAGCAACUGGGAACAACAGCCACUCAGCCACCAAGUGGUAGGCCACGUCACAUGACAGGGCGGGGUCAGCGCAUGCUGAAGCGCACAGUGCGCAGAAGUCGCCAACUGUCUGCAGAGUCAAUAGCUAAAGACCUCCAAACUUGGUGUGGCCUUCAGAUGAGCCCAACAACAGUGCUUAGAGAGCUUCAUGGAAUGGGUUUCCAUGGCCGAGCAGCUGCAUCCAAG